AGGCGUGUCUCCGGCGGACGGUGUGGUUCAAACGCUGACUUUUUACUCGGUGCAUGUGUGUCUCUCAGGCGGUGGAUUAUGUGGAGGUGUGUGCACGAAUUGCCAAGCUAACAUCUGUUUUUUCGGGGGACUUUGAAUUCUCACAGAGCACCAUUUUGGAAACUUAAUCUGAACUUUGUGUGAAGAUGGAUAACCGGGAGGAAUCAAAGAGUUGUUCUGUCAGCGUCCUGACCUGGGAGCAGGUGAGCCGGCUGAAUGACGUUCUCACCGAGGUGGUUCCUGUCCACGGACGGGGGAACUUCCCCACCCUGGAGGUGCAGCUCAAUGACAUUGUGGCUCGAGUUCGCUCACGGUUGGAGCUGAGCGGCAUCAGGGUGAAGGACGUCCGGCUCAACGGCUCCACGGCCAGCCACGUUCUGGUGCAGGACAUCGGCUGGAGCUACAAGGACCUGGACGUCAUCUUCAGGGUGGACCUGCCACACGAGGCUGAGUUCAGGCUCAUCAAGGACGUGGUGCUGGGAACCCUGCUGGACUUUCUGCCAGAGGGUGUGAACAAGGAGAAAAUCACCCCCAUGACUCUGAAGGAGGCCUACGUCCAGAAGCUGGUCAAGGUCAGCACGGAGCAGGACCGCUGGAGUCUCAUCUCCCUGUCCAACAACAAUGGCCGCAACGUGGAGCUCAAGUUUGUGGACUCGAUACGGCGCCAGUUUGAGUUCAGCGUGGACUCGUUUCAGAUCGUGCUGGACUCCAUGCUGUCCUACUACGAGCUGGCCCAGGCGCCCAUGUGCCAGGCCUUCCACCCCACCGUCAGCGGGGAGAGCAUGUACGGGGACUUCAACACGGCGCUGAGCCACCUGAGGAACAAGCUCAUCGCCACCAAGCGGCCCGAGGAGAUCCGGGGCGGCGGCCUGCUCAAGUACUGCAACCUGCUGGUGCGGGACUUCCAGCCGGCCAGCCAGGAGGAGUUCAAGGGCCUGGAGCGCUACAUGUGCUCGCGCUUCUUCAUUGACUUUCCUGACAUCGGAGAGCAGCAGCGCAAGGUGGAGGCAUACCUCCAGAGCCACUUUAUUGGCGAGGAGAAGAGCAAGUACGAGUACCUCAUGAUCCUGAAGCGGGUGGUGAACGAGAGCACCGUGUGCCUCAUGGGCCACGAGCGGCGGCAGACCCUCCACCUCCUCUCGGCGAUGGCCUUCCGGGUGCUGGCGGAGCAGAGCACCAUCCCUGACGCCUCCUGCGUCACCUGCUACUACCAGCCGGCGCCGUACGUCCGAGACCUCAACUUCAGCAACUACUACGUGGCCAACCAGAACAUUCCCACAUGGCUGCCAUGUAACUGACGCAGCAAACGGGAGGGCAUCGCUGCUGCUGCUGCUGCUGUUUGAGAAGAGAGGAGGAAUAAAAAUAACAUAAAAAUAAAAACAUUAAUGUAGAGGCAAUAAAUGCUAUGUUCCUCUCAAGGCACAAUUAUUUAAGUGGACAAGUGUUUUGCUUUUGUUUUGGAAUCCUUUCUCAUUCCUUAUCUUCAGAGUUGUCUAGGUCAUUGGAUAGAAAGUGACAUUUUUAAGUGUUAUUUAGAUUUAAUUUUCCUCAUGUUUGCUUGUUUCCCUGUUUAUUAUUCUUAAUGGAGUUGUGUUAUGUGCCUUAACCUCCAGGUUUACCCCUCCAGUACUUUAAGUAUGGGCUAUUGUUUGAAGAAAGGGAAGAUAACGUACUGUAGCCUUCAAUUUGGUUUUGUUGUUGAGGGGGAAAAAGAAAAAGUGAAUCGCAGAAAAAAAAAAAAACAGAAAAUGUUAAAAAAUAUUAUUGUGGAAUGGGUAAAAAAAAAAUAGGUGACGGCGGAAAAAAGGAAAAAAAAAGCUGAUCACCGGUGUUAGUUUACUUGGGAGGUCUAAAAGGUGGUACACUAAUAACUUUAGGUCACAUCCAAAUCAUUGGGCAGUGAGAGCUGUCAGCGUGUAAAUAUCUGUCCUCCACGUCUGAGGCCAUGCCUGAUGUGCCAGCAGUGCCUGUGACUUGUAAAACAAUGCAAGAGAAAUGUGUUUUUUUAUUUUCCACUGUGAAGUUCAGCCCUCCUCCCCGUUUAUCCAUUCAGAGUGGAAGCCUGGUGUCGGAUAGACGAGCUCCUGCGUGUUCUUUGAGGAGUUUUAUCCUUCUCCCUGUUUUUUGUUUUUUUUUUAAAAGUCGCUCGGCGGUGACCUCCGCAUAUCCCAGUCCUCUGGUUAUUGUGGGAGGCUGGCUGACAGGACCGGGGGGGGGGGUUCCUGCCCUCGCCGAGACUCAUGGAGCACUGGGCCGACUGGCUGCCUCUUCCCUUAAAAGGAGCAGCACAUGGAGGCUCGCCGGGUUCUCCCUCACCGCCCUGAAAUGGGAUCUGGAGCUGCAGCGGGCCGUCUAUAAUUACUCCUCUUUUCCUGGGGCAGCUGCAGCGGCGUCGCCACCUUACAUGAGCGGAUCUGAAUGGCCGAGACCACGCAGCGUUUGAACCCCUUUUGUGGUCAUGCAAGGACGAUGCGACGCCACCCCCCCACCCCGUUCAGACGUGAUUAACGCUCCGACCCGCGGGCCGCCACAGCUGUGACGGAGUUGCCCCCAUGAAUUUCUAUUUCCAGCUGAGCCUAUUAUUAGCUGUUAACUUUUUUGAACACAGUGCAGCUCUUGGCCUCAGCUGUUCCUGCUGCCGGCCGUCGACUCUCGAGAAAACUUCUCAUGACGUAUGCGACCACUCCCAUCGCCCCCCCGGUUCCUCGGAAGCCUAAAUCGGGCUCCUCACGGCCGGUGUUGGCUCCAGAUAAACUCUUAUCAGGCCCACCCAUGGGGGAUCGUGGUCUUCUCGGUCACAUCUGGGCGUAUCGAGCCACUCCAUUUUUGUAGGAAAGCUGCCGUAGUGUUUAGUUUUUUUUAGACAACAGGUGAGGUGUCACACGCCGUCUCGCUCCGGACCAAAGUCUGCUUUACAACCAGCAACUGAAGCAUUCAAGUGCCUGUCACUUCUGAGCGUAUCUUUUUAAAAAGGGUUUUUUAAUGGUGAUCAGGAAGGAAAAAAACAAACAAAAGUGCUUAUUUUUUCUAGCGUCUCUAAACCCUGUGAAAGUUUGACUGUCAUCACUGUACUGGUUUGUGGGUGAAUGCAAACAUGCUUUUUGGUUGGGAGGAAUGUUUUUUUUUAAAUUUAAAUAUUAUUUACCCCCCUUUAUUUUAUUUUAUUUCAAUCCCAAACCACACUUUCCCUUAAAACCCAUCUAGUCAUUGCUAUUCUCAGCCGUUUUCUUGUUUAUUUUUUUCCUUAAAAGUUUUGUUUGUUUUUUUUUCUUGGAAAUUCAACUCUAUUCGCAGCCUUAACUUAAUCGGGUUAAAAUGAGUUCUUCUGCCCCGUCUUUGGAACCAAAGCGACACCUGAAGUGCACUGAGGAGGCUGGAGGUGGACCAGCCCAGACUCCCGUAAGACCAGAAGCACUUUAAAGACCUCAUUUUACUCCCAAACCAACCGCCUGAGAGGAAUGUACAUAAGCUAAACUUUGCUGGAGGGAGUCGAGCUGGUUCUCAGGGACAUGGACUGUUUUUGAGGACGAUGGUUUCCCCCCCUUUUUUUUCUUUUUUUUCUUUUCUAUGCGUGAAUUAGAGACGCCCACUCCUACCUGUCUUCAGUUUCUCUCGUAGGCGGCAGACUUUAGCAGUGAUGGGUUUUAUCGUGACCCGGUUGAAGUCGUCUCCUCGCUCGUAGCGCCGACAUCCAUCACCAAAGACAAUCUUUGAAGGCUUUGAGGGAGGAGAGCUUUCAGAAUCUCCAUCAUUCCUCUUUCUUUAUCUCCUCUGAGCGAUGAUAAAUCAGAUCCUUUCAGAAACUGAAGUCUGCCGUUCAUAGGGAGGAUGAAUCUUUCCUCUGGCUCCUUGUUGACGGGUCGCUCGUCAAAGAAAAUACUUGUAUUUUCUCGACACCUGAUGGUGAACGCAGCCUGGAAUGUAUGAAUCCCGUGUUCACGGUUAUCGUAGCUUUUUCUUUUCUGCUUUCUUUCUGUGAAAAGCUUUACCUUCCCCCUCCAGCUGAAUCCCUUCCUUCGUCAGGGUUUGUCUGUAUGUUCAGCUCUUUGUGAGUGACGGAAAAAGCAAAAAAAAAAAAAAAAACUAAAAAAUGAAGAAGAUGAAAAGUAGUUUGCCUUUUUUAUUUUCUGGCCUCCACCUUUUCUUUCUGCUGUAAACUCGUCGGUGUUAGUCUCUCGCUCGCCUCGGCUUCAGUUGCCUCGUUCGUUGGGCCGUUGUUGAUCUUAGUGCAGCGUGUUUUGUUGUGUUUCUUUUCCGUUACAACACCUGUAGAUGUAUGUUUGAGCCGAGCGGGUGCAGGGAAAUCUGCGGAUUAGACUUGUAGUGAUUCUGCCUGUCCGAAGUCUUACACCAGAGGAAUGUGACGGAGCCUCUCUGGAAGCUCUCUACAGUUUCUAUACGAAGAGUUGUGAAUUUUUUUUAACCAUUUUGCAGCAGACGUGUGUUUACCGCGUGGAGGUUUGCAUGUGUGUAUGAAGGGAUGCCUGUGUUUAAAAAAACAAAACAAACGGGGAAGGGGGUUAAAAAGUUAUGAAAUUUUGUCGCACUAUAUUUUUUUGAAAUAGAUAAUGCAAGGAGGAGCUUUUGUCGGCUUUGUGACGAUGACUUUUGAUGGUUACAACCAUUAUGCUAUUUCAUUUUUCAGCACUUUUACCUCAUUUGAGUUUUUCCUUGGAAUGGAAAUGUACAUCAGGAAAAUGUGUUUGAAGAGGAAAUAAUCAAUAAAGAGUAUUAAAUGCAA